UGAAAAAAAGAAAGUGCUUCUAAUAAAAUUAUUUCAAUUUCUCUGAAUUUUUGAAAACUCGUCAAGAAGGAUCACCAUAAACAAUAAUGUACUUCCUUAUUAUUGGGUAUUUGGCGGUCAAUAAAUGUACACGUCUCUUCGUAAAAGAAAAAAAUGUCCGCAACUGAGGCAAAAAUCUACGAAUUUAGAAUUGUUCUAAAAGACAUAAAACCAACUAUAUGGAGACAAAUUCAAGUACCAGAAAAUUACACUUUCGGUCAUUUAAGUGAUGCAAUUAUUUCGUCAAUGGGAUGGUAUGGUUCGCAUAUGCAUCAAUUUUACGUGAGAAAUUCAUUAACUGGUAAACGUGAAAUAAUCGGUGAAAAACCAAAUAGCGAUGAUAAUUUUUGUGUAUCGACAAUGUGGGAGAAUGAUGUCGAGAUAAAGAAAUAUUUUGUUGACAAUCAAAAGAAGGCGCUUUAUAUUUAUGACAUGGGCGAUGGUUGGGUGCACGAUAUUACGUUAAUCAAAAUAAGUAUUGCUGAAAAAAACGUCAAUUAUCCAAAAUGUAUCGAUGGAAAAGGCGCUUGUCCACCAGAAAAUUGUGGCGGAUCUUCCGGUUAUAUGCAACUGUUAAAUCUUCGAAAGAAAAAAAAUCUCACAACAAACGAACAGGAAGAAUUGAAUAAUUACUUUAUGGACGGUUGUAAUUUCGAUCCAGAAUAUUUUGAUCCUGAGAAAGUUAUUUUCCUCACUCCGAAAUUGUUCAAUGACUGUUGCACUUCCUAACAAACUGUAAGUAAUACAAAUAUAACUGUCAACAAAUUUUUAUUUUAAUAUUUAAAAAAAAUAUUCAUUAGAAUUAUUAUAAAUGGUAGGGAAAUUGUUUUCUUAUUUAUAAAU